AAGAGUAAACCAAAAUGCCUCGUAAACUUUAGAGAACCAGUUGGAAAGUCUGAUACUCAUGAAACCUAAAAGACAUUUACAGAUCUGAUCUUUAUCGAAUAUUUCCCGCUUUGGGUAAGAAAAGCAUGUUGAAUAGGACUUGGGUUUCAUGCGUGUUAAGUGUGUCCGGAGUGAUAACUUGUAUCAACCUUAAAUCGUUGGUUUAUUCGGAUUACAAAAGACCCGAAAGUGACUUCCCACUAACACUUCCGGGUGAGCUGAUCUUUUCACAAGUUAUUUUCCGACACGGGGCUCGGUCACCCGUCUAUGAAGUUAAAGGGGAUUCGAGUUCUUGGAAUUUUUGUUCACCAGAUAUCUAUGAAAAAUAUUUGUUACCCGUCAAUAUUGUUUCGUUGAGUACUUCGACUGCAAACCCUGUAGAAGACGAUUCCAAAUCUCAAGAAACUACGCCUAUCAAUGUUUGUAAGAGGGGACAACUAACUGCGUUUGGUGUACAGCAGAUGGUAACUGUGGGUGGCUUGUUUCGAAAGAGGUAUUUCGAAGAAUUCCACUUAUUAGACAAACAAGAUUGGAAAAAUCAAAUAUACGUUCGCUCGACGUUCAUGAAACGAGCAGUUCAAUCUGCUCAAGCGUUUCUUCAAGGUUUGCUAUGCGAAUGCGAGUUACAGGAGGGUGAACGAGUGUCUAUCCACGUUCUGGACAAGAAGGACGAAAACUUAUUUCCAAACUCUUAUCAGUGUCCUCGAAUAAAGGAGUUGUAUGCAUAUGGGCGAAAACUAUUGUCUGAAAACAAGGAAAAGUUUAUAAUGCCUGAGCUUGCGGCAGGAUAUUGGAAUUUACAAAGUCCACUAGAUUUUAUUCGAUUAAGAGACGUCAUUAUUUCUCGCGAAGCGCAUGGUUUGCCACCCUUAGAAUCUGAUGAUGGCACAAAGCUUCCUCAUGAGGAAGUGGUUGAAAGAGGUCAUCGAGCAAUGAGUCAUUUGGUUCUAGGAUAUAAUGAAAGAACGCGUAACGAGUCUCUCAAACUUUCUGGGGGUUUGUUGUUGAAGGAAUUGUUGGAACAUAUGAAGGAAAGUGUACAAGGUAAACAGUCUUAUAGAUGCCUCUUGUAUUCGGGUCACGAUACCUCUUUAGUUCCUCUCCUGUGCAUGCUACAGAUAUACAACGAUGAAUGGCCACCUUUUGGUUCGUUUUUGGCGUUUGAAUUGUAUCGUAACAGUAAAGGAGAGCAUUAUGUAGGUAUUUACUACAACGGGCAACGAUGUAGUCUUCCAAGCUGUGGAAAUCGACCUUUUUGUCCUUGGGAGGAGUUUGAAAGGCAAAUGUCGCCUUUCCUUUUACAGGAUUCAGCAGAUGCAGCUUGUCAACCAUCGAAGCCCUUAGGCGGUCCCGAGGAAAUGCGAACUACCUAUGCUUAAUUUUUUUGAAAUUGAAGGGAUGAAUGAGACCUUCUCAUUGCCCCGUUCGAAAAUGGCGCGUUAACGGUCAUUUU